UAAAAUUUGUUUCGGCGCGCGCUUUUUCCUGCCUCCUGGACGGUGUCCGACGAGGCUCAUUCUACGGCCGUUCUCCCCUCCCUUAGGACCGCGGAGGCCUCAAAAAGCGAAGCCUGAAGAAAGAGGCCCUUCAGAAGUCACGGCGAGGCCAGGCCGGCGGCAAUGUCCGUGAGGAGGAGCGGCCAGGGGCGCGCGGUUGCGUUGCUGCGGGUGACCACGACGGCGGCGGCGACGACAGCCUCGAGGGCGCGGGGCCUGCACCGCUUCCUUUCCUCCGCGCCGGCCUGCCUGUUGCCUGCUUUUCCUCCUCGCCACGGAGCCCUGCCGGGGCUCUGGGCCCGACAGUGAGCCGCCGCGGGCUGGGCCCGGGCGGAAGAGCGCAGAGACCGAGAUUGCGGGGCGCAGGGAGCUGCCGAGGGGGCAGCCUGAGCUUCGGCCGCUUGAGCAUGGGAAUCCUCUUCACCCGCAUAUGGAGGCUGUUUAACCACCAGGAGCACAAAGUGAUAAUAGUUGGGCUUGAUAAUGCUGGAAAAACUACUAUUCUUUAUCAGUUUUCUAUGAAUGAAGUAGUGCAUACUUCCCCAACAAUAGGUAGCAAUGUGGAAGAGAUUGUAGUUAAUAAUACACGUUUUCUUAUGUGGGAUAUUGGAGGCCAAGAAUCUCUUCGAUCAUCAUGGAACACAUAUUAUACAAAUACUGAGUUUGUGAUAGUUGUUGUGGAUAGCACAGACAGAGAAAGAAUUUCGGUAACUAAAGAAGAAUUGUAUAAAAUGUUAGCACAUGAGGACUUGAGAAAAGCAGGCUUGCUCAUCUUUGCUAACAAACAGGACGUUAAAAGCUGCAUGACGGUAGCGGAAAUUUCUCAGUUCCUGAAACUAACAUCUAUUAAAGAUCACCAGUGGCACAUCCAGGCAUGCUGCGCUCUUACUGGCGAAGGAUUAUGCCAAGGACUUGAAUGGAUGAUGUCAAGACUUAAAAUCAGAUGAUUCUAACUACACAGACAUUGUAAAAAAGAGAACUGGCUAUUUGGCUGUGAAUUAUUGGCUUAUGUAUAUUUAUAAAAACAAGAUGACUUUUUCUUUUGCUACCUAAAAGAUUUCAAACAAGAGAAAACAAUUGGAAAUUCAGCCUUGACUUCCUUUGAUGAUUUCUUUGAACUGAAAUUUAAAUACUGUGGCUGGCCUUUCUUUUAUCAAGAAAUAAUGUGCGGAGAUCAAAUACAAGGAAAGAAUUUUAACUUUUACUUUUUAUUAUUCAAAUCUAACUCACUAAAUUGAAAUGCUGACUUUAUUUCCACAAAUCAAAAAUGAAAAUCAGUGGUACAGGUACUGACUGUCUAGUAUUGAAACCGACUGGGAUAUGUUUCAGAAGUGCGAAAAUGUUCCUAUAUGUGAACUAUAUGUUUUAUGUAAUUAUACCUCAUAUUAAGCUUGAUUAAAAUCUGUUGAGCAAAUUGGUUAAUAUCAUUAAUUCUGUCCAUUGUACUCCUUAAGUGGCAGUAUGUGAUUUGAGCCACUUUGGACCUAUUUGAGUUCCAUGUGUUACAGCCAAUCUUUUUUGUCUGACCACCAAGCAGGUUCUGUCAGGACAAAUUCUUUAUCUACUUUCUAACUCCUCUCAAUCUUCACCAGAAUUUUGGUGAAGCUGUAACAACCUUUGGGAUACAUAGGAGGGAGCUGCUAGUUGGACAGGAUGCUGAGAAUGUUCAACCAGGUCAACAAAACCCUGUGCAUGGAAUGUUUUGUAUCAUACUAUGGCAGUAGGAUUGGGGUCAAACUAUUUGAAUUUGUAAUGGUUUAUUUAAAAAGUAGGUGGUGUGGGGGGAUGCUGCUAUAGUAUAUCAUUAUCUUUUCUGUAUUACUCAAAAGCAAUUGAGACAAAAAUACAAGUUAUGUAUUAUUUUAUGUAUAUCCUGCAGUUUAAAACAACCACAAAAGAAUUAAGAUUCAAUGUAUUAUUAUUUAGAAGUUUACACUUUGAUUGCAUUUGCUGAGAUAUGCAUUGCUUCAAAUAGAACACUUGAGUUACCUGAAAUAUGCACUGUGGUUCAAAAACAUCUUUUAUACUUGGGUGGUAUGCAUAGAACAUUCCCAUUUGAUGUGUGAUGUUGAAGUUAAAAGUGGGUUUAAUCCAAAAGAAAUAGAAUAAUUAGGAAUUUCACAGAAUAAGUAUAAACUUGGAGUUUCUUCUGGGGAAAUUGGUGACGUGCUCUUUAUGUGAUCACCUAAAAUGGACAGAAAUUUGUAAUUACACUAAAGUUGCACUUAAAGUCACUUGAAUGAAAAAUCUUGACCAGUCUUAUUGAUUUAAUAGAAAAGAUCAGCUAAGUUUUUAUCAAUUCCAUUGCUGCUUUAUAGGGGUCAGAGACUAUAAUAUAAAUAACUAUAUUAGUAGCCUAUUAAUUGAGCCAUUUGCUUUUCAGAUUCUCUAGGAACAUCCCAAGUGUGCAUUCAUGUGUGUGUGUGUGUGUGAACGCACAUUUAUAUGACUUGAUUCAUCUGUUCCUUAAAGUGAAAAUGUAAACUAAAUGCAUGGACCCUACAAAGCAGUUUUCCAGUUUUAUAUCUUCCCUGUUUUAAAACUUGAAGUGCAUUAAAAUAUGAAUAAACUAAUUUUCCUGUUACUUUAUGCUGCAAUGAUUGUAAAGGUGGAUAGGCAAAUAAGUUGGUGCCUGAUAUAGGAAAAUACAAAUUAUUUGAGAUACUAUUUUAGUCUUCUGAACGUUGUGCUUAGCAUUCUUUCCAGGCUUAGGGGGUUAUUUAGAAAUAAGUGUAUCCUUAGUAUCAGAUAAACUAAAUGCCUCCCCUCCUUUUUUUUUUUUUUUUAAAUCAGGCAUUAAGUAUAACGGUCUGUAAUUUCAAAUUGGAUCAAAGCAAUUUCAGUACUUUAAUUUAAACUCAAUACACUGGCUGCUUUGUACAACAGCUCCUAAGUUUUUCUGAUUGGAGAAAUGCUUAAAAUUAGUAGUGCCAUUAAACUACAUAUCAGUAUUUGGCAGGAGAAAAAAAAUGGCACACAAUUUUUUUAAUGUUUUACCACAAACUGGUUUUGAAAUAAUUCUUAACUUUGAAAUCAGUUUGCUAUGGAGAUGGUUUUUUUAAGAGACAUAAACAUUUAAACUUCUUGUAAGUUGUUCCAUGCUACUUUGAUUUCUACUCAAAAUAUUUUUUUUUUAAAAAUCACCUUUCAUUGGAUGAAUGCCCUGAGAAAAAUUAUGUUUCAACAUAAACAUAAUUAUAGUUAAAAUUGAACUAGAAUGCAUAAAUUUUUGACUAUCCAAGUUACCAAAUUUAUUAAAUCCCCCUACUAACUUUAACGAGUAUAAAUGAGAAUGCACAAGUUCCCAAACAGGAUGGGUUUCUCCAAGUUAAAAAGAACCAAUUUUCUUCCCACAUUCUUCUCUUGACUCAGAUUAAAUGGCAGAUGGUUGUGAGAAGGGUGACUUACCCUCUGUUUUCAAUGACUUCAGUAAAAUUGAAAGUAUAGAAACCCACAGGUAUAGUCCAACUCUGAUUCUUGACUGACUCUCAGCAUUAACAAAAACGAUGCUUUUACAACUUUUUUUCAGCUUUGAAUCAACUAGCAAAGGGCAAUUGGAUACACUGAAAAGGGGUUAGAAGAAAUCUUAAUACAAAGCCUUUGGAUAAUUAAUCUUUUUUAGAGCAACACGUUACCAAUCAGUUCUAUAAAGCUAAAGCCCAUUUUUGUUUUCAUGUAUAUUUUUAUCCAAAGCAGGCUUUGGACAGAACAGCUGUGUGAGAGCAUUAAUUUCAAAUCAAACUGUUACUGCCAUUCCUCUAAAAUGUGUUGGGAGACUUUGGGUGUCGUUCCUACUUUUGAUUUUCAAGCCACACCAAUUUUAUCAGAGGAUUUAUGCGUGCUUAUUACAAUAAUAUUUCGUAUAUAUGAGAAAAGCAUACAUUGCUGUGUGCACGUUUUGUGAUCAGGUAUAGACAACAUCUGUUUUUAAGAGUGAAGGAAAAAAAGUACCCUGUGCUUCCAUAGGACCUGUGAAUGAUGGUAUCUUGGUUGAUGUCAAUCUGUAGAGUGGAAGAAGCAGAUCAGGAUAAUAUACCCGAGACAAGCUGAACAUAACUAGUUUCUAGAUUUAGGUUGAUGAAAGAAUUGACUUAACGUUUUGGGGUUCGUUUGUUUUUAAAAUUAGCCCUGGCUGCAUGCUUGCUUCUGUGCCUAUAUGUAAUGCCUACUUAAUGUGUAAAUUUUGUAAAUAAAGGAUUACUAGAAAGAUAAA